CUUUCUCAAAAAAAAAUAAAAAAAAUCAGCGGCUCGGAAACCCAGGGCCGCCGCCGGCCGCUCGCAGUCGCACCCGAAGCUGCGAAACCCCCACAGGUCACAGCACACGACACGCGCAAGCAGGCAGGGCAGGGGCAGGGAGAUGGUGGCGAUCUCGAUGUACCGCGGCAACCUCCACCGGGGCGCGGCCGACGCCGCUCGCCACUGGCCGGUACCCGCACCCACCCUCUCGGCGUCCCGGUUCCGCCGUCUCCUCCGCAGCCGCUCCCUCGCCGUCUCCCGCCUAGAAGGUGCCCGCAAGCUCGACUCCGGGAGCUCCUCCCCCAACUCGCGCCUGGAUGAGGGCGCCCCGGAGCCCGUGGGACAGGCGGAAGAAGUAGACGGCGGACAGCAGCAGCAGGACGAGCGGCAGGAGGAGGAGGAGGAGGAGCAGGCGGAGGGGCAUGAUGUGCAGCAACAGCAGCAGCAGGAGCAGGCGGAGGGAGAGGGGCAGGAUGAGCAGCAGCAGCAAGGGGAGCAUGGGGGAGAAGAAGAGGAGGAGCAGGAGGAGGGGGCGGUGGAGGAUGUGGAAAUGGACGAUGCUGGAGAGGUAGUCGCUGGAGGUGACCAUGCUGGUGGCAAUGGUGAUCCUGAAGAAGGCCAAGGCGAAAGCGAAGGCUUCGACCCCAACGCGGAGGUGCCCAACUCGGAGGUGAGUUACCGUGAUGGGGUUGAAGGAAAAAAGAGAGAUUUGAGUGACAAGCUGGAUACCCUAAAUAAGAAAAAGCAUGAUCUUGUGCAGAUGCUGAAGCAGGUUUUAAAUGCCGAAGAAGAAAUCAGAACUCGGAGCAUGCAGGCCCCAUUACGGGCUGCCAUGCCUCAGCAGUCAGAAAAUGCAGCUGAUGGAAGUUCUGUUCCUAGACAGGCGCCCAGAAUGACCGUUGAUGUCAAUUUUAGUGAAUUUGCUGGAGAGUCAGAUGCUGGUUCCAACCAGGGCACUCCUGGACGCCCCUUGCAUCAUGUUCACAGUAUUUCUCCUUCAACAGCUUCUUUUGCUAGGUCGCCAUUUAGUUCUCUCCACCACAAUUCGGGCCACACUCCAAGAAGCCCGGCGACUUUCUCUACAGCAAGUCCAUCUCGCUUUGCAGCUAGCGGGCAUCAAGGGAAUCCUUACAGUCAUCCAUCGGCAUCAUUACCAGGAAGUAACUUUGUAGCCUCGUCGCCAUCCCCUGCCGCAUCAGGUGGCUCUUCCUCCGUAUUCAGGGACUAUCGCCCACCCAAUUCAACAUAAUCCCAAGCUCAGUGAAAUUAGCACCCGUCUCAACCCAAAGGCAGUGUACAGGACCGUCACUAUGAAUUUUUCAAUGCUGUUAAUGCGCCUCUCCUAGGUAUUCCUUAUUGACAAUAUAAUCAGAAUGUGUCGAGCAACUGUGGGAGAAUAAGAUCAUGUUGCAGCACCAUUCCGUAUUCAGGCCAGUGCUAAUGGAAGGAAUGGCAUGUUCGUCAUGUGUUGACUGUGGUUAGAAUGUAAUGUCACCCUAACUAUUAAAGAACAACAGUACUUAUUUAUCUGAUUUACGAGUCUUCGACAUUGAAAAA